CGGAGCACCUCAGUAUAUACAGACCUCGCUACAGAGAGAACACCUCAGGAAGAGCGCUUCAGCUGUGUAUGAUAAAACACUGUUUUUUACACUUGUUCGUCUGUUGACACGUUUAACAGACAUAGCAGAGCUGGCGAGUGAGGUUUAGUUCGAGUUUGAAUACUUUCGGACGUUUUGAAAAGUUUUUUCUGAGGUGAAGUUUGUCACGGGACGAGGAGUUACAGACGGACUGAAGUUUGAAUCCGCCUGACGUUGCUAGGCUCCCUGAUACUAUUAUCUUCUAUAUCUGACUUCAGCUGAAAGAAGACUCGUAAUACGGACUCGUAAGUGAAACCAGAACAAAACCAAAAAGUUUUGGUUUCUCUUUCUAUGUCUACCAAGAUGGAAACUACAUUCUACGAUGACCCUUUGAGCGGCGCGUUCACGCAGCACGAGCCCGCCGGGUUCAGAUACAACCCGAAAGCUUUGAAACACAGCAUGACUCUCAACCUGUCCGACCCGAACACCACGCUCAAGCCGCACCUGCGCCCGAAAGCUAACGACAUUCUUACUUCUCCGGACGUCGGCCUUCUCAAACUGGCCUCGCCCGAGCUGGAGCGCCUGAUCAUCCAGUCCAGCAACGGCCUGAUCACCACCACACCCACGCCGACCCAGUUCCUGUGCCCGAAGAAUGUCACUGACGAACAGGAGGGCUUCGCUGAGGGAUUCGUGCGCGCUUUGGCAGAGCUCCAUCACCAGCAUAUGCCGGCAACAGGGGUCACUUCGGCGCCCCAGACUACCAGCUCGAUGGCGCCCGUGUCGUCCAUGGCAGGCGGCCCGGCGUACACCUCAUCCAUGCGCUCUGAACCACCUGUAUACGCCGAUCUGAACACUUUCAACCCGGCGAUCAGCACUGCCCAGAGCUUCAGCAGCGCCAAUCCAGUGAUGACCAGCUUCACCACAAGUGUGCCUCCUCAGCAGCAGCAGCACACCAUGCCCGUGCAGCACCCUCGCCUCCAGGCGCUUAAAGAGGAGCCGCAAACGGUGCCCGAAAUGCCCGGUGAGACGCCGCCGCUCUCUCCGAUCGACAUGGAGAGCCAAGAGCGCAUUAAGGCAGAGCGCAAACGCAUGCGCAACCGCGUCGCGGCUUCCAAAUGUCGCAAGAGGAAGCUUGAGAGGAUCUCCCGGCUCGAGGAUAAGGUCAAGACGCUCAAGACGCAGAACUCCGAUCUGGCAUCCACGGCUAACAUGCUGCGCGAACAGGUUGCCCAGCUCAAGCAAAAAGUCAUGAACCACGUAAACAGCGGCUGUCAACUCAUGCUGACUCAGCAGCUGCAGACCUUCUGAGCUGGCCAAUGAAGUCCAGAUGGAGUUAAGCAGAUCGGACUGAAAGGACACGCUAGUCGGAAGUGUCUAAUGGUACACUGGGACCGGGGACUGUGCGGCCGUGCGACUUUGCGCGUAAAAGGAGGUCCGACCUGGAGCUUUCUGAAAGCACAACCGAAUGUGUCCAGCGGUAAAACCAAGACAGAAAGCAUGAAAGACUUAUUCUUGUUCACUUUUGACCAAGUUGUGCAUGGACCUCAGUAAGGGAGCACUCAGUAUUACAGCAAAAUAACUAAUAGGAACAUGAUGGCCCGUUCUGGCGCGCUAAACGCUGGAAGUUAUUUCCACUUCAUUCUGGAAACAUUUGGCAAAGCCUGCCUGAUUGAGUUCUAAUGUACCUGUUAUAUUACACUGAAUCGAUUUGACCCUGUUUGAGUUAGUCGAGUUUCAGCGUUUUCUUUUUAAAAAAAGUUAUUUGAUGAGGUUUCACUCAUUGUUAUUUGUAAAUAGAGAAUAAUCGGGAGUACUUAUCUUUACCAUUUGUAAUACAAGUACUAUAUAAUUUUUUAUGUUUUGUUUUCUGAACUCAUCAGAAACUAAUGAAUAUUUAUG